UACAUCGCUGUGCACAUCAUACCUGAUCAGAUGAUGUCCUUUGGAGGCUCCACCGAUCCCUGCGCGCUCUGCAGCCUGUACAGCAUCGGCAAAAUAGGAGGGCAGCAGAACAAGACUUACACCAAGCUCCUGUGUGAUCUGAUCUCUAAGCACUUGCACGUAUCUGCAGACAGGGUGUACAUCAACUACUUUGACAUGAAUGCUGCCAAUGUGGGCUGGAAUGGUUCCACCUUUGCAUAGAGCUCUCCUGUCUGUCUGAAGAGGCUGCUUCUGGACCGACCCUCAUCCUGCCCCUUAGCAGAAACCACCACACAAGUGGCCCCAUGUUGCAUUUUGUGCACUCUCACAGAUUGACGACUCCUUGCUAGUGUGUUUAAAUAUUGCUGCUUCAACAUUCCUCUGUUUUCUCCAUGUAGAAAACAAAUAAAGAUUUAGAAUUAA